AUGUUGUACUUUCCUAUCCCCAGAGCAGCGACCAACCUCGAAGAGGUGCCACGAUCCCAACUUGACCUGCGGUCGGAUACAGACAUCAUCACUGAGCUAGCUUCCUUCCUUCCAGUCACGACGGAAAGGAAUGUAUGGGCUUUCUGGGAUAAGGGCCUAGACGCUAUGUACCCCAGUUACCGAUGCACCGUCAUAAAUUGGGUGCGGAAGCUCGGCCCUAGCUGGACGAUUCGACUUGUUGACCUCGUCGAGGGGUCACCGAACAACGUUUACAACUUUGUUGGGAAAGAGUGGUUUCCAGAUUGCAUGGUCGAAAAUACCAUGGAUGGAUGUCACAAGGCGCAACACAUAUCAGACUUGAUUCGCCUCCCCUUACUUUUUGAGCAUGGCGGCGUCUGGAUGGACGUCGGCAAUAUGCUCCAUACUCACCUCGAUGCACUCUUUUGGAACGCCCUCUCGAAUUUGGACUCAUACGAAAUCGGCUUGUGGAUCAUCUCCGGCCAGAUCAGAAAGAAAUGGGGCAGUUUCGGCAAUUACAUGCUUGCUGCUAGAAAGGGCUCUGUCUUCAUCCAAAAUUGGCACAACGGGUACAAGGAAUUAUGGAAUGGUCGCACCAACGAUUGUGGCUCUCAUAAGCAUCCUUUGAUUCAGGAAAUUGGUAUCGCCGACGGCAUGGCAGAUUGGAACUUUGAAGACAAGGUCCUCGAGAUGAGCGACUACGUGGCCCAUAUGCUCAUUGGCGAUCGCACAAGAAACCUCCUCGAUAUUGAGACAGGAUGGAAUGGGCGCGAAGUCUUUGAAAAAAGGGCUUUCAUGGUCGAGGGCAUUGAAAAUGGUGUUCUUGGCGCCAUCAAGACGGAUUACGAUGGCGCGAAGCAGGUCAAAUUCUUCACGACUCCGCUUGACGAGCCUUGCACGGAGAAGAGAGCUGCUGCUGAGUCGUUUGUGAUUGAUAUGCUGGAAAAUAGCCACAUGUACAAGGUGUACCACAACUCAGCCGGGGGCCUGCCUGCGCUGGGAGACUUGAUCAAGAGGGAGGGUCUCAAGGACGCAGAUCAUAGACCAGGAACGUUUGGAGAGCUGUAUAGGUACGGGACUGUGCAUUGGCGGUCGAAGCGGCAAGUUGAACAGUUGUCGCCACCACCGAAUGAAGAUGAGUUGAUCAAAGCGACACCGACGACACCAGCAACUCAGAAGUAA